CUAUCAUACCCUCACCGAUCAGAUCACUACACAUACCGUGUGCCAACCCCGCCACGUAUCGUCGUUCCACCGCCUGCGUUGAACGCGGAUGCCAGACCGGACAUCAACUUGUCGACACAACGCAACUCUCCAUACACCUUCUUGCACAACUUCAACUACGCAAAUUUGGUCCAGUCAAAUGCACCGCUGGAAUGGAAGUAUGAAUUCCGAAGAGAAGCGCAGUCAAUCUUGCCAUACCUUGCCCUUGGGCCUAUGCUUGCUGCCAAAAAUGAGGCUCAGCUUGUCAGCAAUGGGACAACAAUGCUCGUGGGCAUCGCUCAGAAGCAACCCACGGCGAAGAGAUUGAUGACUUCGGCCCUACAAGUCGUUGAAAGAAUGGGACUAGAACAUCACCUCAUUGACGUCGCGGACAAUCAAGAUCUCAUUCACAAUUUCCCUGAGAUCACUCACCUGAUCAACACACAUCUAUUACGAACAUGGGACCAGGGUCGAGGACGUUUGGGUCAGGUGUUAGUGUUCUGUGAGUCGGGAAACGAACGUAGCGCAUGUGUGAUAGCUGCCUAUCUCAUGGAAACGCAUGAUGAUGUGGAUCAUAUCAAAGCAAUGCAGCUCUGUCAAGCACAGCGAUUCUGUGUAAACUUUGACGACAGUUCAAAGAGGCUACUUCAAGGCUAUUGGGAUAUCCUCUGCGCAAAGCGAGCUGUGGCGAAUGUAAUGCCGUCCCAAACACCCUUCGGCGGGAACGCCUCUGUGCAAUCACGACCAAAACGGACCCUGGAACGGGAUGACGACGGCGACGAUCUGAUGGAGCAGGACGAUGAUGAUCAACAACGCUUCGCCGGGCGUUCGUUUGCACCAUUUGUAGAC